AUGAAGCCUUGGCUAGUCUGGGUUUUUGGUGCCGUGUCGUGCGUGCAGGUGGCAGGCUGGGAGUGGACAGGGCGCUGCAGUUGGAAGCGCCCGGUGCGGCGGAGGCGCGGCGCUGCCGGCACACGAUGGCAGCGGCUCCGCGGAGCCCCAGAGCAGCGGCACGCCCCGCCAGUAACACCUCAGGUGCUUAAGAAACUCUCUAUCAUGAAAACUACUCUAUCUAGCAGUCAUGCUGCAGCAGGUUUGGAAGGAAGGAAUAACAGGAGAGCUGAAACAGAAAAUUUAGCUUCCAAUGAUUCAGAGGUUGGAUAUAGCAUUGUAGAAAAUGGUGAUGUGAAGGUCUGGGAAAAUAUUAGUUGCAUCUGGAAAGGAUGUCAAGAGGGGACCCAAAAUGAGUUUUGGAGUGUUACCACCAUGAAGCCAUUCACACUUUUGCAGCAAGAAGUGAAGCUUCAUACUACUGGCUGAUGCAACGAUUACUCUAACUUUCUUCUAGAGCUAAACAUGCUGGGCUGGAGCCUUGAGAAUUUCUUUGCUGUCACUCUAGGAUCUGCUGCCCAUAUUUGGAAUGGAUGAACUCUACAAGCCGUUGAAGGCAUUGAUUUGAAUUCCAAUUCCAGACACAUUUCAUGUCUGGCUUGGAUAAAAAAGAAUGUGGCUUGCAUUUGGAUCAGUGAUGGAAAAGUGCAAAUACUAGAUAAUUUACUUUUUUUGUUGUGGAACAUUGAAACUAGAAAGAGGCUGAGAAACAUGUUUGGCCACCUGUCUGUAAUUGGCUGGAAUCAUUGUAUUCUGAGCAGGAUUAAUUGUUUCACUGUGAGAUUUGUCCAUCACCAUGAGAUUCAGGUUGCUCAGCACCGUUGUCAAAAUAAACAAAGCAUUUGCAACCUCUAAUUGUCACUAGCCAACCUGUUGCUGGCAAUUUGGUCUAGAGGUGGUACACUGAAUAUCUUGCCUAACAGCCUUGGGACUAUGACCUGGUGGCCUUGGCAGUCAAAAGUCCUUGUUACAGAAGGUGGAAUGAAAGAUGGGAUUUUGUGUGUCUGGCACAUGGAUUGUGAGAAAAUAAUCCAAAGUGCAAUUACAGAUUCGCAGAUUUCUUCCUUGAUCUGGCUACCCAGUGAACUGAUGAUGGGUAACCUUCCUGGAAAUCAGAUGAAAAUAUGGAAGUAUCACAUGCUUGUCAAUUAAUCAGAAUUCUAUGGUCACAAAGGGAGAAUCUUGCAUAUAACCCUGAGCUCAGAUGAGAUUAGGUUAAUUUUUGUUGCAGAGGAUAGGAUGUCUUGUCUGUGAAAAAAAUAUGGGUCUGGGGAGAGCAUGCACAGCAACAAAGAUUUUCAGUAACAGUUAUUUGAGCUCAUUCUUGUGACUUUCUUUAUUUUUUUUUUUUCUUGAAAGUUAGUAAUUAAUGUAUUCAGCCCAUUAAAUAAUUCAAAAUAUGUCUUCCUUCCAAUAGAAACAUGGCAAAGGACAGUACAAUGUAUUUAAAAUAACAAAAUUUUCUUAUCAGUCUAUUAUGUGAAAUGUUAGUAGCUUGUCUUGUCCUAAAGGAAAAACAUCCUAAUUCUAAAGAAUAAUGUAAUGCAGCAUAUUUUAAUUAUAUUAGCAAACAUGGAAGGAAUCCAACCUGUGUAAAGCAUGAGCAUAAAGUG